GCGGCUGUGGGCGCGCAUGCGGGGCCGGCCGCACGGGGAGCGGGGCGGGAGAGGGAGGCCGCUGGAGCGGCAAUGGCCAGGCCAACCAUCAUCCCCACGAGCGUCAGGGCAACCGCGCCCGAGGCCUUCAUGGUGCUCCACCUGAGGAUGAGGGUGGUGGAAGAGCAAACCAACGGGCUGGUGCGAGACCUGGAGGCACUCGGCGUCGAUGGGCAGAGCCUCAACCAUUUCCACUCAAAGACGUCAGAAACACCUGCCAGUCACCCAGCCAUUAGCCCUGUGCAGGCCAGGGUAGCAUUUGUGGGAGAAAACACACUGUGGAGAAACUGUGAAACGCUGGUGAAUCGAAUGUGUCGGUUAGAGAGUGUUGUACAGACACUGAAAUUAAACAUCUUCCGGCUGCAGACAGAAAAGGAACUGAAUCCAAAGCAUGCAGCCCAGUUGCAGCACCGCCUGAAUGCAAUCCACGAGGAGCAUUUGCAAGAAAUGAAGAUUGUACAGCAAGAAGCAACGAAGUUGCGCCAACACCUAAGUGAUAUGAAAGAGGCUGAAGAAAAAGCAAAAGAAGAAGUUCAGAGACUGAGUACUGCUCUGGAGAUUACUACUGCAUCCAAGAUGGACGUAGCAAUUGCAGCAGAGGAACUGAGAAACACAAAACAGAAAUUUAACUGUAGACUUCAGGAGCUAACAGAACAGCUGUCCCAGGAGAUCAGCCUGCGGGAGUCUUUGGAGGAAUCCCAAGCAACUGUGAUGUGUCAUGUACAGGACAUGGAAACAACAGUAGAAGCAGAACGGAAGCAGGUACAGAUAUUACAGCAGGACUGCCAAGAGUUGCGUAAAGAUGUCCAGCUCACCCGAUUUAGGCAGCAAGAGGAGGAGGAAAGAACUGCCCAACUGGAGCAACACUGCGCACAACUGAAAGCGGAGCUGGACUCCAGGAACUGUAUCAUUUCCCAGCUUGAAGAAGAAGUGAAAAAUGCACAGCUGUCCUUUAGCAAACAACGCAAAGAGAACCUGCAACUUCAGUCUAAAAUGACUGCCCUGCGAGAAACAGCAGAGAAAGUACAGGUCCUUAAUGACCACUUAAGCCAGCAAUGCUCAGAGCUCAGCACCAAACUCCGAAGUGUUGCCAUGGAGAAUGCUAAACUCGUUUCAGAUCAUCAGACCAUGCUUAAGGCAGAACAAGAAAAGACUCAUAAGCUGCAAGAGCAAGACUCGCUUCUGAACGCUGCCCAUGCCAACAUUCUCGGAGAGCUGCAGAGUGUGCAGCGUGAGAGGGCUCAGCUUCAAAGACAGCUGGAGGCCUUGCGUACAGAGCAUGGCAAAUACAGGCAGAAAGUAAGCCUUGCUGAGGAGGCAGCGACCACACAGAGACAGCUUUUGGAACGUACUGUUGCUAGACUGCAAGGUGAACUUGAGACAGCUUUGCAAGAGAAAGGAUCUCUGCUGGCAGAAAAGGAAAUUCUUCAACAGGAGAUAAGGACAACAGCAAAUGAAACAAUACAGGAAAGGAACAAAUUGCAAGUAGAAAAAACAGAGAAUGAGCUAGAAAUGGUUUCAAUGAAAUUCACUUUGCAAACACUAGAGGAAGAGAACAAGAGGCUCUUGGAUCGCUUGGCCACACUGGUACAUGAGCAGCAUGCCCAGCAGCAGGUGCAACAAGUGCUGGCAGAGCUGACUGACAGCAAGAAUAAACUGACCUGUGACAAAGGAAAACUUCAGAUGGCAAACCUGCAGCACCAGCUGGACACAGCAAAGGAUGAUAACAGUAAGGUGACAGCCAUGCUGGAGCACGUGUUAGCUUCUCGUAACAAGAUGCAAGCAGCUCUGGAUGCGGUACAAACUGAGCUGGGACACAAGGACACCGAAAUAAGCAAUCUCAGAAAAGAUAAGAGCCAGAUACAACAGAAAAUACAGAGGUUAGAAACAGAACUGGAACAUUGCCAAGCCAAACUGAUUGCCAUGGGAAGGCAGCACAGCAGCCAGGUGGAACCACUUUGUAAGGCACUAGAAAGUACUAGAGCAGACAACAAGAAACUUGUUUGUCAUUUGGAAGAAGUUCUGCAGGUUAAUAACACCCUGCAGAGCAAGCUGAUCCAAACCCAAUGUGAACUGAAAAGUAAAGAAACUGAGCAUCAACAGCUGAUGGCCUGCCGGGAACAGUUAAUGGAAAAAGCCAAGACUGAGGAAAAGAUGUCUGCUGAACACUUAAAGUCUUUGAAGAAGCAGUUUCAAAUUGAGCAAGAGGCUUCGAGGAAAGCUGCCUGUCAAGAAUCUGCUGAGGUAAAGAAAUCCAUUGAAGAAUCCUCCUUCAAAUUGGCUGAAGUUUCCUAUGCUAACAGGGAGCUGCAGCAGAAAGUAACAGAGCUGGAAAAGUCUUUGCCCAGUUACACGGAAAAGCUAAAAAGCCAAAGAGCUGAAGUCAGACAAUGCCUGGCCUGUAAAGCUAACACAGAAAGGGCAGAGGAGACAGAAUCUGAACUGAGGAAAAUGGAAGCAAUAAAACAGGAUUAUUGGAAGAUGAAUUACGAACAAUCACAGGACAUCCAGAAACUUGUGUCAGAGUUGAAAAGUGUGCAGAGCGAGAUGCAAGUGCUGUUGAAAAACCGACAUGAAGUGCAAGUGCAGAACAGGCAGCUGGAGACCCAGCUGGAAGCGGAGAGAAGGCAAAGGCAGCAGCUGGAAAACGAAUGUGGGAAACUGGAAAAAACAGUCAAACAUCUGAAGAAAUAUAAAGAGGAUACAGAAAAGAAACUGAAGGAAGCCAGCAUAGAGUCAGAACAGAUCACAACUAGCCUAGAAGAAGCUCAGCGCUGGUUCAGAUCUAAGUUUGACAGCCUGCAGCCAGAAGUUGUGAAAAACUACCGGCCAAAGAACCCUGAAGAAAGCAGCUCCAAGAAGAAGGAGAAAAGGCAAGAAGAGCUUCCCACUCGCACCUCCCUGGACAGCAGGGCAAGGACCCAACACCUCCCAGCUCACCACCAGCAAGGCCCACGUGAGCUGGGCAGGAAAUGAGCUCACUUGACUGGGUGAUUCCCAGCUCAGGGAGAGCAUCACCUGCUGCCUGGAGACUCCCUGCUAGCACCCAGCUGCUGGAAGAAUCGGAAACUUUACUUGAUCCGACAAAGUUAGAUAGGUCUGUAUCACCGAGAAGGCCUUGCAAAGAAAAAGCACUCACAGGACACCCAUAUACAGGGGACCUAGCAAUGGUUGUUUAAAUCAUAAAUUCCAAUUUGAAUUAACUCGUACCCGUCACCUUGUCUUUUUGACUCAGGUGCUUUGUGUUGUGAGGCUGAUACUAACAAAACUACUACCUACAGCAACACAAUUAUCAUUACUGUAAACUACAUGCUGUUGAUAUGCUCCAUCUGUGCUUUCAUCACUUUUCUUUUACCAGCUUUAGACUAAGACCUGGCAGGUGCUGUCAAAACAAAUCUGACUGGUUUACAGAGGGUUCAGGUGAAUUACUGAAGACCGAGUCAUGUGUCUGUGGCUGGAUGCUGACGUGACUAGGACAGGGAGGAACUGGCUGGACCAGCUGCUUCUAAUGUAGAUAAAAUCUGGGUCAUGACAGAACAUAAGCCUUGGGCUAUUUUAGGAGCAUAUAAGGAAUGUAUUAGGUGUGUGAUGGUAUACCACACAUCACCUUACCUUCGUAAGAAUUAGUGGAAUUCGUUCAGCCUCGCCUACUGUGGAACAACACACUGGGGAGAGAGUAGUUGAAGCAGAUGACUGACAUCAGAUGUUGAUGAUGAUUAUAUAACAUGGACGUUUCGUGCUUGUUCAACUAAGGAUCAGCUCGUCUUCGUCCUGGCUUACUCUUCCACCUGGUUUCAGUACAACUAGUGUCAGUACAGGUGUUCUCGCACUCUGAGCUGCUUCAGCAGAGCUGCUUGCAAACUCCUCUGUGAUCAAUGGUACCGUUUCUUUCUGUGGGAUCCAUUCGUGUUAUUCGCAAUACUUGUCUAGUUUAGGGGGGAGGGAAGUCUUGCAUACCUCAGGAGCCUAGGAAUAGCCCGAGGACACACUGGAAUUAGCUCAUUCUGCUCCUUCAGAAAUUUGGUCCUAAACUAUAACUUGCACAAUAGGAAUCUGGACUAAUUCAUGGUGACCUGAGCCUCUCCUUGAGGCAAACGGCUGUUCUAUGGGGCAGGGGGUGGCUGUGCACACUACUAAAGCUAAUGCACACCUGAGCUCCAUUAAAUUGUGCUGCUUAAAAGCAGGCCUAUGCAAUACAGCUUUAGGGUUAUCCCAAUCAAGCUGGUUCCAUUAGAAAUCAAUUGGCAUCUGUGCCACACCUGCUCUGUAAAGCUGCUUAGGUGACUUAGCAUAAGCUGUGCCUCUACCUCCACAGUGCCAUUGGGCAAACAGCACUCAAAACUGUAAUCGAGUUUUGCUUGCUAUGGACUCAAUCUGUAAUCACAGAUGAAAAACAGUCCCCGCCAAAGCACUUAACCAUGUAACACUUUUUUUUAUACUGAAUGCUUAAGUAGGUUGCCUAACAAUGGCCAAAUGAUUGUGACCUUUGCCUGUGCAAAAAGCAUACGGCAGCUGUUCACGUGAACUACGCGUUGGCAGGGCAGCAGCACCAGCCACCCCUCUGUUUUACCUCUGCGGGAGUUUUUACCAACAUAGGGUAUGCCUGAAGGGCUGGUUCUUCACCCCUUCCUUGUUGCGGAAUCCCCUGCUCUCUCUAGGGCUGCGCAUCUGCAAUUACUUUGUAUAUUGAAACGCAAAGUCUGAUUAUAUGGCUGUGGCCAUUAAACUUGGCACUUACGUACAUUUGCACAGUGACAGUCUAUUCGGGGUUCAGCCCAUCCUGUUGCUUCUUCUAAACCUCUUUAGGGUGGAAAGCAAUAAGAUACGGUGUAAUUGUGAAGGAUUACUGCAUUCUAAUACCUUUUAACUUUAGCAUAACCUUAAGCUUUAGCUACGCCUGCUUUAGCAAGUGGUGCAGCUCAGUGAGUCGCAUGCAGAAUGAAGAGAGCUGGUCCCAAUGUCCAGGAUGUGUUCUGGAUUGGUUUUCACUUCAGAUUUGCUCUAGUCUGAUCCUGCUGACCGAAUGCUCACUAGCAACUGGAGCACUCCUGGAAGCCAUCUUCUAGCUUGCUUUCCUUUGAAAGGAAACCAGUUUGUCUGCUCAGAGCCUGCUCUGCAAUAUGAACCACAGCACGGCGAGUGGCAGCGCACCCAUUUGAAACAUCAGCAGCACACAACAGGCAAGAACUUGUUACUUUCUUUAAACACAGUAAUUUCAAUAAAGUUGUAGUAAUUAACACUGCUGCCACCUGCAGGAUCAAUAAUUCAGGUUUACAGUGGUAGCUGCUAAGCCUCUCAGUUACAGUAACAUUUGUAGUAUUUAAAAAUACAUUUUCUAAGCAGCAAAAAGGUUGGGGUUUUUUUUUCCUCUCAGGCUGUGGCCGUCAGCGCAUGCGGAUGGCAAACAGCUUUCUACUCUUGUCAGGGCUGCUGUCAGGUAAGCACAACUGAAAAGGUAUGAUUCAGUUUUUAAGACAAUCAGUAGAUGCCUUUAUGAGCAGUCUUUUAGCCUUGAGUUAAUGUAUGUUUUAUAUAAAAUAGUUCUUCAGCAAUAAACAGCUAACAAAAUUAUCAUGGUUAAACCAAGCAGUUUGACAAUAUAUGUGGUAUGUUUGACAGAAACUGUUACUAAUUCUCUUAGUGAGGCUUGAGGACUAUUCCCAACAUGCUGACAGGUGAGGCUGGCAUUGAUUUAAGUAUUCUGUCCCUCUUAGUCUCUUGUUCUCAGCGAUUUAUGAAAGCUUUCCCAAAAUUGUAAUGGCUGAUUUCAAGCUUUUCCUGCCUUGCUGUUUGUUCCCACACGUUCAAGAUCAGGCUGGACGGGGCCCUGAGCAACCUGAUCUAGUCAACAAUGUACCUGCUCAUUGGAAGGGGAGGUGGACUAGAUGACCUUUCAAGGUCCCUUCCAACCCAAAUUAUUCUAUGAUUCUAUGAUUUUACAUUUUGGUAAAACAGUCCUUACUCUGAAGGCAAUUUAGGCAAGGUGCUGGGUUCAUCACCCCCAGCGUUAGGUUCUUGGGAGCAUCCUUAAAACAAGCUACAGCCAGGUAAGCCUGAAGAUGAACAUAGCGCAUGCCAAAAUAAAUCCCAUACAGAUGCUCAUACCCCAAGAAACAUUUGUGUUUCAAAUUCACAGUCCCCUGUCCAUUCUCCAUCCCUCACAUCAUAGAGUACAAUGAUGAGAUGUGCAGUACGUGUUCACAACUUCGUUGUUUGAAAAAGAAUUCCAAAGGAAAGGCACUUUAUCAGUGGUAUUGCAAGUGAAGCGUGACUUAAAACUUACCCAGUGCUGUAUGGGAGAGUACAGCUGUGGCUAUAAGCUAAAAGCCCAGCUUAACAUAUGUAUUUUCUGUAUGCAGCUCAUGUUCUCUGCUUUGUUUUUCCUUAAGCAGGUUGGUUCCCAUGGGAUGUGCCUGGUUAAACAACCUUUUACUGGGGAGCUCACAAUCCUACAGCAUUUGUGUUGUCUCCUGCUUUGUCUGAAAUCUUGUCUAGUCUAAUCUGUUACUGCUGCACCAUUACAAUAUAACAUAUUUAUAAUAUUGUGUAGAAGUGAAAUCUAAGUAAAAGACUGUUUAUGUCAUAACCAUAAAUGCAAGUUGGAUGUAACGAAGGAAAAAAAUCUAUCUUCAUAUACAGUUUUUCCACAAGCAUUUGAGAAAGCUUUAGAUAAUUAGCAUUGAGACAAGCAGUAUCUCUUCCUUCCAGAUGCUCAAAAUUGUUUAGGCCAUCCUUUCAGAACACUGUUUGCUAGCAGUAUGAAUUUUCCAGUCCAUAAUGACUGGGUUUAAUUAAAUGCAAGUUUCUGUUACUUGGUGCUUAAAAACAAUCCAGAAAGCAGAUUAAAAGUCAUCAGCAUUCAGAUUCUAUUUUUUCCUUUUUAUUGGUAUGAAUGCGAGAGAUUCAUACCUCCUACGUUUAAAAACUAAACUACUUCAGAAUUCUAGCAAUAGUAGGGAUCAGAAAUGAAUUAAUUAAUAGUAAUGCCUUGAUGUUGGUCAAUUUUUAAGACAACUCUUAAAAAAAACCCCCACAACCUUCCUCUAUGUCAAGUCUAUUUAAAAAAUGUACAAGCAAUAGGAUACUGGGUAUUUCAGACUCGGUUUUGGAAAAAAAUAAUACAACGGGCAUCUGUAUACAGCAUCUCUGGUUUCUGUUUUCCAAGCAACAGUUCAGUGCUGAGGGCUGUGCUUCCUGGGACACGAUAGACUUUUUUCCUAUGAAGGGACAGGAAUCAUUUGCUGCAAGAAGACAAAAAAAUCAAUGGAGUUACAAGAGGUGAAAAGGCCGAUAAAGAAUAAAGAAAGCUUCAAUGGAAGAAUUUUUACCCCAAGACGAUGCAACGAUACUAUGUCUGUACAUACAUCUUGGCCUUCUCUUAUGAUCACCCCAGGCUAACAUAACUAAAAUGGUUAUCUGAUUUAUAGUUCUCCAAACUUGGCAUGGGACUUCUGUUUAGUAAAACUUUGUUUUACUAUUUCCAAGUAAAACAUGCUGUAAUUUUC